CUCUUGCUUGCUCCUCGGUUGAAUCGCCCUGAGUUUCUCAUCUGUCCAGGGACUCUCAUCUGUCUGCAUUGCCGGCACGGCAGAGAAGAAGCGUGGUCGCUUAAGUAUGCCCGUCAGCAGGGCAGAGGCUGAUUCAACCAUGAAUCCUUGCAUCGUCCGUUCGCUAGUCUCUUGGCACACUCCCUUUCCUUCUCCCUCUCAGUCUUUCGUGAAUGAGCUCUUCCAAUUCAGGAACGUUGGUGCAAUCAGACUGCAUACAUGGCCGACCGAGCAAAGUCCUGAUCAGGGCAGCGUUGUGUCUUGCAGAAAUUGCCUUGCCACCGGAGGGCACCCGGUCCUCUGGGUUUUUCAUCUGUUCCUCUUCAUUGCGAGAGGAGAGGAGUGAAUAUAUCUAAGAUCUCCCAUCGGCUGGUCCCGCGACUUGACGACUUGCUCCUCCCAUCCUUUUUCAUCCCUACCACUUCCCGCUCCCGCAUCAUCGAGACUCGCAAUGUCUUCGAUGGCCCAACAGCGUCCCGCACACAGGCGCGAGGACACGCUCGAUGCUGUGCCACGCCAGGAGGGCAACACCAGUGACCGUAUCGAGGAUGGCGGCCGCGUCGACGUGGACGUCGAGUCCCACUCGUCAAACUCGCACAGCAACAAAAAAGAUAUGCUCGCAGAGGAGGAAGAGGCCGGUGGCCGGCGGUUCAUCUCAACCGAAUCAGACCGACCUGCAUCAGACGUCGUGGAGCAGCAACAACGCGGCGUCCGGUCCAUUGAGUCGCUCUACCGAGUCUUUGGCAAGAACAGUGCCGCAAUUUGGUGCCUCUACUUGGCUCUGGCUGCAGUGGUUUGCGCCUUUACAUUCGACAACUCGACGACAUCGUCGUACCAGGUCAUUGGUUCGAGUGCCUUUGGACAGCACGGCUCUCUCAUGGGCUCCAUCGACACGGCAGAGGGCAUCAUCAUUGCCGUUUCCAAGCCUUUCCUGGCGAAAGUUGCCGACAUCUCGUCGCGCCAGACUGCCUACUCCGUCGUGCUGGCUUGCUACGUCAUUGGAUACAUUGUAAUCGCCGCCUCUCCCACGGCCGCCGCUUUUGCAGUCGGCAGAGUCAUUUCGGCCACAGGCCAAGCCGGUUUCGACCUCGUCACUGAUAUUAUCAUCGCCGACAUCAGUCCGCUCGAAUGGAGGGCCUUCAUGACUGCGUUGACCUCGCUACCCUACAUUAUCUUCGGCUUCGUCGGUGGUCUCGUCUCAGGACCGCUCAACGAGCGAGGUCAAUGGCGAUGGGGCUUUGGCAUGUUCACCAUCAUCACGCCAGUCUGCGUCCUUCCUGCGAUCCUGGUCCUGUACUGGGCCGAGGCACGAGCCAAGAAGGUCGGUAUCUUGUCGUUUGGCGCCAGCCCCUACGAACGUCGUCUGGCGGCCGAACGACAAAAGACGCAGCAGCAGGAUGGUGAUGCGCCUCUGCCUGCUCCUGUCGAGGACAAGCCGAGCUACUGGAGCCUGGUCAGAUCUUUCUGCAUCGAGAUCGACCUCAUCGGCCUGCUUCUUCUCGGCUUUGCGUUUUCUCUCAUCUUCAUUCCCUUCAGCUUGGCCUCAGGCGCAAAAGGAGGAUGGAGCAACCCCUCGAUGAUUGCCAUGAUCGUCGUCGGCUUCGUCUGCCUCAUCCUCACGGCCGUUUGGGAGAUGUAUUUCUCGCCCAAGCCGUUCAUCACGCGCAGAAUCCUGCAGAACAAAGUCUUCCUUCUCGCCGUCGGCAUCGACAUCUUCUACUUUGCUUCGGGCAACAUGCGCUCGACCUACUACAGCUCCUACGUCUACGUUAUCAAGGCCUGGAGCGCUCGCGACUGGCAGUUCUUUAUCAACACGAGCCUUGUCGGACUCUCAUUCUUUGGCGUCAUCAUCGGCAUCAUCUUGCGUGCGACACAUCGCUACAAGAUGCUUCAGAUUGUCGGCAUCUGCAUCCGCAUGGUCGGCAUGGGCCUCACGCUCUGGGCCCGUGGCGAGCACGCGUCCGAUGUGGCCCUCGUCUGGACCCAGAUCCUCAUUGCGCUGGGCGGUGCCUGCUCGGUCGUGGGCACUCGCGUGGCCACGCAGGCCUCGGUGCCCCACCAGGACUUGGCCACCAUCAUCGCCCAGCUGGCUCUUUGGACCAAGCUCGGCGGCUCCGUGGGCAGCGCCGUCGCCGGUGCCGUCUGGACCAACACGGUGCCCGGGUACAUGCGCCAAGAGGGCGUGCCAGAGAAGUUGAUUCCGACGCUGUAUGGCAAGCUGGCCAGCGUCCACACCAAGUAUGCUCUCAACGAUCCCAUUCGCCAGGCAGUCAUUCGCGCCGCCGACCGCGCCCUCUACCCGCUCUUCCUCGCCGCCCUCAUUCUGUCGUGCGUGCCCGUCGUCUUGGCCCUGUACAUGCCCAACUACUUCCUGGGCCGCAGCCAGAACAAGGUUGACGGCACCGACGUGACCGGCAAGCGCAUCGAGGCCAGCCAGGCCACGCACGGCACCGAGAUGGCGGCUGUCGUCGACCCGAGGAUCUCUCCCGAGGAGCUCGAACGAAGGCGUAUCGAGCUUGAGCAGGCUCCCUGGUGGAAGAAGAUGCUUUCUCACUUCACUUAGAGUAUACAAACUGCACCCUCUGUGCUCUUUGAUCUUUGAUGCAUGGCGUGGUGGGAGAGACCCCACCGUCACCUUUGCAUAGAUUUUCUGAGCUUCUUCUUCAAGACCCCUUCAUCGCUUCCCGUCCAUCUUCAUCAAGGCAUCAACACCAAAACACUGUACAUAACGACCUUCUGCCUCUCACGAAACGAAUUGCGUUCUGACGUC